CUCUCGCUCGGUCCCUCGUCCCGUUCAUUUCCCGCCCUCGUAGCCUUGGUUUGCUCGCAGCAGCAGUCUUUGCCAACUUGGCUGGCCCUUGUCUCCCUCCUCGCUGUCGCUGUGUCUGCCCUUUCGGCAUGACUGGGGAGAGAUUCAUCAGCACACUCCCAUGAAGAGCCUGUUUGCUAAAAGGGGCUCGCGCUCCUCCUCGCACCAUGUUACGGCAACGAAGAGCACAUGGGGCAAGGGCAGGAGGCCAGGAGACGACGACGACGGUGACGGCGGCAAGGAUGAUGGCAACCUCUACUAUACGCCGCCAGCUGCUGUGGAGCAGCCCGCUGGACCAGACGCUGGUAUUGGUUCAGUCCCACCGCCCAAGGCCAGCAGCAGCAGCGCCAGCAGGCGAUUAAGCAAGUCGGCUUCCCUCGGCACCAUCACAGGCCUCGUCGCUGCUGCCUCCUCAUCCUCUCGAAAGCCAAUCCCGCCAAGCUUGGACCGCAAACAUUCCAACCAAUCAACGACGUCUAUUACUCCCGAAGCGAUACCACCAUCACCCUCAACUUCUUCUUCUUCCACCUCAACGACCCCCUUCACCCUAGGAAGAGAUGCCUCUCGCCGACUCAGCAGCUGGAAGGGUGACGUACGAGCGAAGCGCAAGCAAGGCGGUCGAGAUCACCCUCCGUCGUCGUAUCACUUUGACGACGGAGUCGGAGGAGCCAACGCUACGACGACGAAGCGCAAAGAUGCAAACCAAGUCGGCUCUACUGGACGCAACGAGCAAGAGGACUUACACCCCGCCGUCUUUGUCGUUGGCAACCCGAGCGUAUCCGUCUCCCCUCCGACCCCUCGACCACGCACUACAUCGACCAUGUCCAACAGCCAGGCAGAGGAGAACCAGAGCCACAGUCACGACGGAGGGAAUACAAUGACCACAAGCGCGGCAACGACGAAUACCAACCACAGCAACGAAGAACCCGAUACCACGGAGACGCACGAGACGACUUUUGAAGCGCGAGAGGAGGAGGAAGCCGAGGCUCAAAAGGGCCUGAUAUUGCCUGUCAAUGGCAGUGGUGGACCAAGUGCUGCGAGAGAGAGCAGCAGCAGCAGCAGCAACCCCGCGUUUGGCGGGGUCUUUAGGAGCAGGAGCAGCAGAAGCAAGAUGUCCAAAGUGGGCGUCAACAUCGACGUCGAAGCCGCAUCAUCCGCAACAAUGCCAGCAGCAGCGGCAGCUGCAGCCUCACCUGGCCCACCACUCUCGCCCUCAGCACUGGCCAGGCAGCUGGAUGACCUUGCCGUCAGUCAUGGCGACGGGCUGCUCAGCGACGAUGAAUAUCGCAAGCUGCGGCAGAGGCUACUGGAGCGAAGCGUCGGCCUUUCAACAGCCACUGAGGCUCCCGAAGACACUGACACGUUGGUCCUCACCAAUCGGCGCAGCGUCAUUGAUCUCGAGGACGAAGAAGACGCUGCUGGACAAGCUGCCGUCGCGCAGGAGAAUCAGACCCGUCCACCCUCCCCUACGAGAUCAUCCCGUACGCUGCCCUCAAUGUUCAAGCGAGCCUCAGUGCUAGUGAAGUCCAAACGUACGCAAGGGUCAUCUGUUUUGACGUCCACGCCGCCCUCAUCAUGGACGCUGCGUCGACCGGCAUCAAAGCGCUCCCUCACCUACCCAGCAGCAUCAGGCGCAGCCGCAGGUCCGCUCACAGAAAGCCAAGUCGGGAACGAGAAUGGCAACAGCAUCGGUACCAGUGGCAGCAUCGGCGUGGCCCCGAGCAGUGCUUCUGCGGUGAGCUCCGGAUCAAGUGCGGCCCCACGCUCCCUCAACCUCAAGCCGGGCAUGGUUACCCGCAUGCUCUCCACACGCAGCACAGCCAGCAGCCGCGAUGCUAGGUCCAUCUCGGACGACGGUCACGGCGACCGUGCAGCUGCGGGCAGUGGGAGCCUGCGCCGUAGCACGAGCACAAAGGGGGGAGCUGGUGGAGCAGCCAGCAGCUUGGCGCCUAGCUCGACGCGCCGACGUCGCUUGUUGAGCGGGGCGAGCUUCAAUACGACGACAAGCAGUGAGCGCAAGGCCAUUGAGGCGGGCAAUUUGGAGCGAGACGUCGUUUCGAUGAGGCAGGCCAGAAGCUUGACUACGUCGCCUGCUCCUGCCCAAAAUGGCGCGUCAGGCCACAGAGGGCUAGCAAGACAACGUAGUCGCAGCCUGCGGGUCGACGCAGCGCAGCCUGCUAGUCCAGAAGCCGUCCGCAGUCGCGCGGUCUCCCUACCCAAACGAUCGUUUGAUGGGCAACGCAUCUCCCUCGAUGCUCAGUCGCCUUCCCCACAGAGUGCCACCAGCGCGACAGCCGCCGUGCUCAACUUUGACGAUCUGGACUGGCAAUACUCGGACAAGGGCAGCAAGGAGAUCCAUGCAGAGAUCAAGAUUGUCGAGGCGGAGGGGAAAAGAAUGGCGACUGCGUUCGAGGGCAGUGACGCCGGUCUUGGCGGCGCAGAUGAAGCGCAAAAGGUUGCGCAGAGAUAUGAAGAGAGGCUGGCUUUUCUGCGGAGCAAGUUGAGGAGCGCUAAGAUCAGAGAGGGCUUCGCGAAGUGAGCAUGAUAGCGUCAGAGCUGGUCGCUGCGCCGGCGUGAUGGCCAGCUCGAUCACUGAAGGCCGUGGAGGAUCGGAAUGUGGCUACCUGUAGAACGCAAGUGACGAUGCGAUGGGCAAAGGAACUCUCUAUCUUUAGUCUCAGCAAGCUGCGAUGCUCGACACUAGCCCCCAAUUGAUAUCCACCGUGCCCGCCGCGUG